CAGCGUUCCCCUGCGAAACUAAUCUUCAAUAUCACUCUCAUUGCAUGGGUGCGAUGGUGGAGAGUGGCGUUGUUUACGACACACACCCAAUUGAGCCGGGUGUGUCUUCUUCAAAUUCACGACUGCUCCAACCGCUCCUUUCGGUCCUAGACCCACCUUCAACGCAGCAGGAGUUUGAGGGAAAGAUGCCGAGCGGGUGCUGCUGGUGUGGAACUCGAGUCCAUGGACCUCUAAUGAAGAUGUUUAAAGCUGUUGUUCUUCAUAUGGAAAGUUGUUCUUGCCUGGACUCUCUUUAUCAGUGGCCCUGCGCAGACUGUACGUGCUGUGCCUAUUGAGCUUUGUUUUGGUCCUCCUGGCUUUUGUACUGGUGAUCUCUUCACACCCGCGUUGCAGCGCCGCAGUCCAUCGGUUCCAGAGAUAUUCAAACAUGGUCUGAAGUGCAUCUUGAAGCCGCAGAAAUGCAAGAAGUACGUUUGUAAGACUACCUGCAAAGUGGGGAAGAGCUGCUUCAAGAGGAUGCCUUUCGACCAGUGCCUAGAUGAGCUCGGACACAGCACCUCUGUGAAAACUGCCGUGAACGCCUUGAAGACGGCCAAGACCUUCAUUGUCAAAGACUUGAAACGAGAUGUGCUGCGUGGGCUGACGAGCGUAGGGAACGACUUGCUAGAGUUUCUCACUGGCACCUUCCCUAGAGAGAUUCAAACGCUUAUGGACAAGUUCAACGUCCUUGACAUGGCCAACUCAUUCCAGAAGAUGGUCAUCCAUAUUGUUGAGGAUUGCUAUGAUGGAUUGAUGUCCUUCUUCAAGAAGGUGAAGAAGAUCUUCAAAAAAGCCACGAAUGGUCCCUUAAAGCUUCCUCGGAACAAAGAUGGAGAGUACUGCGCGUUGAAGUGGGACAUGACGAUGUUCACCUACACGGACUGUGGCUUCUUUGAUGCUUGGGACAAGCUGCACUCACAUGUGUCAAAGCCCUACGACCACAACAUGUGGUCCACCUUUAAGAAGGACUUUGAGAGGAUGACUCGAGCUCUGGCAAACUGUGCCGUGCUGACGACGAAGAUCCCUAUCUGGAAGGACCUUGUGUUAACCAGGCUCACGCCCUUUCGGACGUUGCAAGAGAUGGACUUCUGUAUGCCAAAGCACAUCGCCGACGCGGCGGAGACCACAAUCAAUGCCUUGAUCUAUGCCAAGGAGCACACCUCGGACGUCUUCGAUGAGGUUAACACGGCGUUAAAGAAGCUUGAAGACUAUGCCACAGAGCUUCUCUCCAAGGACUUGCCCCUCUUCAAGCGUGGCAAUGUAAGCUUGUUCGAGAUGAAGAAGGUGUCUGCGAAAAAGGGCAUACGAGGAUUGGAGGAGUCCUUUAUGUGCAGCAACAAAAGCGCUUUAGGCAGGAACUAUGCCCUGAGCCUGCGGAUACAGGCAAAGUUGGGCCAGAUCGUCAAGAUCAAGAAAGUGGCCAUCUCGCAGUCGCACGCCAUUGGUUUUGGCAUCUACUUCGGCUGCCAGAAUUUGAAGUUCAAGGUUACGCGCUUCUUGAGCAUCCGCUGGUUGUCCGAGGGUAUUGGCUUUCCCAACAAGGACGAGGACAAAGCCAAGGUCGCAGCUGAAAUUCAGUUUAAGUGGUACCAUUCGGAAUUCCCAUGCUUCCCGGUCGUGCCGCUCAAGACGGAGGCAUCAUUCCGAGUGAAAUUGGGGCCCAAAUUUGAUGCGGGAAAAGUCAAUCUGCGCACCUCCGUGACCUAUACAGUGCAGGACCUCUUGUCCUUUGAGCAGAAAGAGUGGUCGCCGAAGAAACCGGGAUGGCCCAAUGGCGUGGGCAUCGCUGCUGACGCGGGCUCAUCCAUCCCACAACUUCUCCAGGCGAACGUCAGCAUCAGUCAAAGCUUUGAGGAGGCUGGGUUGAAUGGCCGCCAGUUGUUCCAGCGAGUUUUAGACACCGAGGCUCAGGCCAAAGAAAUGGCAGACUGGGAGAUGACUGCAAGUUUUGAUGCACGUGUCAAGCAACUCUUUUGCUUAACCAAUUGCGAAUGCCAGGAUCAGGAUGAGUGAGGCACAACGCAGCCGCCGUAACGUUCAUCGUGGCGGUGUACAAAGUUAUCAAUUGCUUGAAUAAUACGGUUUUAUGCUCGCAGACAGCUCUGGACGCAAUGAGAUGCUUUUUAGGGGGUCCAGG